AGAAUGUUUCAUCGCUGGUUGGGGAAGAGAAGCUGAAGAAGGUUCUUCCCCUGAUGUUCUCCAGGAGGCCGAGGUUCCUCUGGUGGCUCAGGAUCAGUGUCAGCAUCAGUUACCUGAGUACACCAUCACCUCCAGCAUGCUGUGUGCCGGAUACCCCGAAGGAGGGGUCGACUCCUGUCAGGGCGACUCUGGCGGUCCACUGGUGUGUCUGGAUGAUGGACACUGGACUCUGAUUGGUGUGACCUCAUUCGGGAUUGGCUGUGGGCGUCCACAGAGACCUGGGGUCUACGCCCGAGUCUCCGCCUUCGCCUCUUGGAUUGCCCAGACCAGACGUUCCUCCUCCUCCUCCUCUUCAUCCCCGCUCUCCUCAAACUUCAAACUCUCACUGUAAACUUUUUCUCUAAUUACAAAUCAAUAAUCAAACCAUCAAACGUUGAACUCACAGCAUCCAAACCACUU